UGUCAGUGUAUAUGGGGGGCUAGCAAUACGCUCUCGAUGCUGCUUGUGUGUUUAUGUAUGUUGUGUGUCUUAAAGGCGAAAAAUUGAGCGAGCUCUGCUGUAAUGUGUGUGUACAAUUUUGAAAAGAAGCAGAGUGAAAAAAAAGGAAUAGUGCUCACACAGUUCACACAGUGCGCGCUGGAGCCAGUGUUGAGAACAGAAUCAAAUAUGGCCGUUCCGCAGCGAUGUAAUUAAAUUUUGUGGUGUAUUCGUCGUGUUAUUUAGUUUUUUCCAUUCGUUUGAUACGGAAUUUUUGUGUGUGAAAGCCAUUGCAUUUCCAUGGCAUUUUCAAUGGACAUUGUCGAACAAUUUAGAAUUUCGCCCAUUUACACGGUAUCCGGUGCGAUUGCCCAGUGAAAACAAACGAACAGAACUAUCGGCUGAUUAUUUAAAUUUGUCUUUUUUUUAUGCGAGCGACAGAGAGUGUGUGAUCAAAGAAAACAAUUACGGUUUGUGUAGUGUUUUUGUGCGCGCGAGCGAACGAGAGAAAGAGAGUAAAUAGUAGAAGAAGACGGCAAAAAAAACUCAACUCGAAACAGGGAGAGAGAGAGAGAGAGAACGAUAUAAACAAAAGAUGAGAAUGGACCUAUGAGUAGCUUUUUCGCUCAAUUCACAAACUGCAAACAGCAUGAAUACAAACUUUAAUCCUGCGAUCGAUUAUGAUUUUUUUUUCUUUCGCUCUAUUGUUGUUGUUUGUCUCUGAAAACAGAAGAAAAAAACUCGAUUAAGACCGAUUUUUGUUUGCUGUUUUUUCUUGCAAAACCAAGUGACAAAGAAAAAAAAAGUUAAACAAAAUCUUUGAUAAAAAACGAAAUCCAGAGGCAAGAAAACAGUGAGACGAACGUCGGGAAAACAGUGAGAGUCUUUGUGUCAGUGGAAUCGGUGUUUGAUUUGUCGAUAAUUAUUGGGUAUUGAAGCAUUUCUCGUAACCAUAUUAUAUCAUAAUAAUCCCAUUGAUGAUUGCGAAUGAGUUGUCUGUCUGUGAAAAUAAAAAAAAACGAAUCAACACAACAUAUUCCGCAUAUGAUAACAUAAAAACUCGGGUCUCUCGUUUUAUUCAUCCAUUUUUCUUCAAUGAACAAACUAUGUAGCUGCAUAGACAAUAAAGGUUGCGUUUUUUUGUUGUUGUAAAGGGGGAAAAAAACCACUAAGAUACAAUUGUGUGUUUGAUAUAAUUCGCUUAUGCUAAUAUAAAACAAAGCAGAAAAAAGAAGAAGAAAAGAAAAACACAGCAACAAAGAGAUAAAAAAAAGGCAACGACAGACAAUAACACACGGUGAAUGAUGGCAUAAUUUCGACGGAAAACUUAUUGAAUACAUGUACGACGAUACCACACGAUUUCAUUCGAUGGGAUUAAAGCAACAGAACCGAAAGCAAACGAAAGAAAGUAAAAAAAAAAACCUCAAGUGACUAUUUUUCACGUCUUCAGUGUGUGUGUGUGUGUACGUUUUUUUUAUCCACUCUCGAUUCGUUGAAAAAUUCAACAUUUUUUGGUGUUAAAUAGAAAAUUGGCAAGAGAAUAAGGAAAAGAAAUAUGCGCCCAUUUUCAUUCGGUUGGAUAAAAUAUAUAUUCAGUGAUAUAUCCAUGUCGUAUCUAUCAUAUAUGCUUGUGUCUGUUUUAAUGAAUGUUUGUUACUCCAUUUAAAUGCUAUCAAUCGCGUUCCAACGAACUAUAGGUGCAUACUAGACCAUCGCCACCAUCAACACCAACACCAACACCAACACCACAACCAAAAACAAGAACAAUCAAGACAGCUAAAUAGCAGCUAUUUAAAAAAAAAAAAAACAAAAGAAAAUUAUUAGUUUCCACAAGGAUAAUAUUAUCCAGCUAACUAGCCAAGACACACCGAUUAGAUAAUUACACCCGUUUACGCAGAAUUUAUAUUCGACCAGUGUUUGUUGUUUGGAUAUUUUUCGUGUAUGUGUGUAUUAUUUUUCAAUUUUUGACAUAAUCGACUGUGCAAAUUGACUAGAAAGAUAGAAGAAAAGCAAACACCGUGCGUACCAUCGCACCAACCAACGCCAAUUUUCCAAUUUAGUCAGUGAAGUCAGUACAUACCACAGGACCAGAGAAGCUACAGCAAAAGCAUUGAUCAAACGAAAUGUGUGAACAAAGUAUAAUUGGGGCUCGUGCCUCUGUCAUGGUAUACGAUGAUAAUCAGAAGAAGUGGAUUCCAUCGGGCACAUCAUCUGGCCUCAGCAAAGUGCACAUUUAUCAUCAUCAACAGAAUAACACGUUUCGCGUUGUAGGCCGUAAACUCCAAGAUCAUGAGGUUGUGAUAAAUUGUUCCAUUCUGAAGGGAUUGAAAUAUAAUCAAGCCACACCAACAUUUCAUCAAUGGCGUGACUCGAAAUUCGUCUAUGGCUUGAACUUUUCCAGCCAACAAGAUGCUGAGGCAUUUGCCCGUGCUAUGUUACAUGCACUUGAGGUUCUAAGCGGCCGAGUGAUACAACCGAAUGUGCCGCCACCACAAAAUGGUAACAUUGGCUAUGAUGAGGAUAUGGGCUAUCGAACGAUGACCCGAGAAGAUGCAGCAAUGAUCCAACAAAUUAGCACACCGGGAACGGUUCACACACCAAUUUCACAGCAACCACCAAAUAGUCAGAAUAUCCCACAAAGUCCACCAAAUGCACAAGGUCAUCAUCGCACAAGCAGUGCGCCUCCUCAAGGAUUCGGUCCAUGUGGAAUGCCUCCAAAUCAAGCACAAUACCAUCAGCCACAACCGCAGCCACCACAAGCACCUCCACAACAGCAAUCGGCCACAAUUUACUCAACUCAACUAUCCCAAGCAUCCUAUGGAUCAAAUCAAAAUAUGGCACAAUACAACCAACCGAUUUAUGUGUCGUCAAGCUCAAAUCAAAGCUUAAACCAACAACAAUUGAAUAGCGCACCAAUUCCAAAUCAAAACGGCCCAAUUUAUGUGUCAUCCAAUGUGGCAAACCAACCUGGUGGCAUGAUGAUGGGCGGAUAUCAAGCUGUCAAUAAUCAUGCACCCGAACAAGAUAUUUAUGGCCAAACAAAUGGCAAUUCAAGUAAUGGUACUAUUAAUAACGGAUAUGGUAAUGGAAAUCCGGCUACAUCGCAAUAUGGCCAAUCCCAAACCGCUCCACCAGUGGCCCCGGCACCACCACCACCACCGUUCAACGCCGCAUGUUUUGCAAAUGGAUCAGUGCCACAGCCGCCAGUACCACCGCCAUCGGCUGGUCCAGCAUUGAGUACAGGUUCAGCACCGCCACCACCGCCGCCGCCGCCCAUGGGUGGUUUGAAUCAAGGCGGCGGCGCAAUGGACAUGAGCUCAUUGGCCGCACAAUUGCAACAGGCCAAACUCAAACGAAAUGCCAAAUCGAAUGCAGCACAACCACCAGCCGAAAAUAGCGGAAGCAGCACAUCUAGCGGUGGAAGCAAUUAUAGCACGGGUCGAGCAUCAACUGGCAUGGCAUCGAUGAUGGAUGAAAUGGCAAAGACAUUGGCCAGACGACGAGCUCAAGCUGAGAAGAAACCAGAUGCGGAUACAAAUAAUGAUCAAUCUCGUCCAUGGGAAAAGUCCAACACAUUGCCGCACAAAUUGAGCGGUAACAGUUCGGGUGCACAGUCGAGCACAACAAACAACGGUACUACAAACAAUGGUUCCGAAUCGCCACGACCAUCGAGAAAACGAUUCGGCAGUGCCAGCGAGGAGACAAUUCUGAAGCAAGUCAAUGGUGACGGUCUAUCCAUUGCUAAUUCACACGAACUCGAAGCACUCAAAGCCGACAUUCUACGGGAAAUGCGGAUUGAACUCAACAAAGCAACAAAAGAGAUCAUAGACGUUAUCAAAGCGGAGUUUAAUCGAAGGUAAGGAUGAGGGUCGAGUGAUAAGCCAGACACACCAUUUCUCCGCAGCGAUGAAAUGAACAACCAAAAUCGAAAAGGAAGCCCGAAUCCGUUCAAUAACAAGCGAAAAUUGUAUUACAUCUGUCUACAUCUACUUAAAAUAAGUAUUCCGGUAUUUAAAUGACAAAAAAGAACAAACACAAAUACACACACACACACACAUACACACAUACACAAAACGCAGUGAAAGCAUUCUAAAGAAAGGAGAAAAAAUUGUUGCUCGAUCGAGUUCAUUAGAUUUCAUAAAUAUUUCACAUUCUCUGUAUAUGCGUAUGAAGUGUAUGCAAAAAAGAACAGAACGCAUUUGAUUGUUUUUUUUAAGUAAACAAACAAAGAACAAAUUUGGACAAAAAACGUUAUCGACAAAGAAAAUUGUUUUUAUUACGAGAUAUAAGCAGGAGUAGGUGAAGAAAUGAUAAAAAGAAAUGUUUCAAGAUAUAUUAGCAAAAA